AAAAAUUAAAAAAACACCGCAUACGUCGCGGCUCCAAAAGUCCCAAAGUUCCUCUUCUUCCGCAUUCGCCACACUACCCGGCAGCGCCUUCAUGGCUCGCGAAACAACGAAGGUCUCCCUUCGUCUCCCCUCCAUAUUUCUUCUCCUAACCCUAGCCGUUCUCCUCCUAUUCUCAUCAUCCACCCUUUUCUUCCCUCCCGCCUCCUCCAAGACAUCUCCACCGCUCCGCCGCCACUCCAAUCAUUUCUGCAGCAACCGAGCCGCCGACCUUACACGAGGUUUCUGGACCCACGAUUCCCGAUACAAAAAUCACAGCCGUCCACUCUACGACGCUUCGUGCUCUUUUCAUCGCAAUGCAUGGAACUGUCUCCGCAACGCGAGGAAGAACAUGGAGGCGAUUAACGCUUGGGUAUGGAUUCCUGAAGGAUGCGGUGGCUUGCCGUUGCCGCGGAUCGAUCCGGCGGCCUUCCUUGACGCUAUGAGGGGGCGGCGCAUUGGGUUUGUUGGAGAUUCGCUUAAUGAGAAUUUUGUUGUGGCGUUUCUUUGCGCGCUGGGAUCAGCUGAUUCAGGUGCGCGGAAGUGGAAAAGAAAAGGGGCGUGGAGGGGCGGCUACUUCCCUAAGUUUGAUUUCACUGUGGCUUACCACCGGGCCGUGCUGCUUGCUAAGUACACGUGGCAACCUGUGGAGCAAUUGGACCUUCCCAAUAAAGAUGGUUUGAAAGGAUUCUACAAGGUAGAUGUUGAUAUUCCGGCUGAUGAUUGGGCAAAUAUAAGCCAGUUCUAUGAUGUCUUAGUAUUCAACACCGGACACUGGUGGGGGCUUGAUAAAUUUCCAAAAGAAACACCUCUUGUUUUCUACAAGGGUGGAAAACCGAUAGUUCCUCCUCUUGAAAUUUUAAAUGGACUUGAAUUGGUUCUUCGGAGUAUGGUAUCUUACAUCAAUAGAGAAAUUCCUAUUAAGGUUGUAAAAAUCUGGCGUACCCAAUCACCCAGACAUUUUUAUGGUGGGGGAUGGAAUCAAAAUGGGAGCUGCUUAUUUACUGAACCUCUGAAAUUGGAAGAGCUUGAUUCAUGGUUUGAUCCCAGGAAUAAAGGAGUAAACAAAGAAGCACGAGAAGUGAACUUUUGCAUCGAACGUGCAAUAAAAGGUACAGAUAUCCAAUUGCUCAAUCUUACUCAUCUAAGUGAGUUCAGAUCGGAUGCCCAUCCUGCAGUUUGGUUAGGGAAGAAGGAUGCCGUGACUAUAUGGGGUCAGGAUUGCAUGCAUUGGUGCCUUCCAGGCUUACCCGAUACAUGGGUUGAUAUCCUGGCAGCACAAAUCUUGUACAGUUUGGAAGCAGGAUGAUGAAAGUGGCACAACUCAUUUAUACACUAUGAGACGAGGAGUUUCAGUAUAUAGAUGUAAUGCCUAAUUUCACCAUUGAUCAACAGGUACUAAAUCUUAAGAAAUGAGUUCAAUUUAUUCAUCUGUAUAUAUGAGCAUCCAAGAUUGUCAACUUUGUUUACACUAUUCACUUUCUAUCGAGGUGCGAAUCAUAGAAGAAAAUGUUACAGAUAUUACAAUUUGGAUUAGAAGAUGAUUUCAAUUAUUUCAAAUGGAGAGAUGAAGUUGAGCAUGUAGCAUUUGACAUGAACUGUGCGUGAAGACCUUCCUUCUUUUGAGGACAGUUUAGAUUAAAAUCAUGAUAGCAAUCCUAAUUGCAAUUAUAGCCAUGGUAUUGAUUUUCUUUAAGGCUUUUUUUAAUUAGAAUUAUUGUUUGAAAAUCUUCCUAGAAAGAUGUUUGUUUGUAAUCUUUAAUGUACUUUGAAUUAUGUGUUCUUAGAAGAUCUUACUAAUGUGCAAUGAAAGAUGAUUAAUGCA